GGACGGAACGCAGGAAGUGGGGUAAAUAGACCGGAAGUGAAGCGGCUUGGAGGGACUGGCGGCGGUGGAGGCUGUCGCAUCCCCUGCUCCUUCGCCGGGUGAGGGGGGCAGGGGUGGAGCGCAGACGACCCCUGACCCCUGGACGAAGCCAUGUUGCCUGGCGGGAGGAGGACAGAGACGUCGGGACGUCUCUUUGACCGCGGUGACCCUGAGGAAUUCUUUGCUGACUUACGUGAGAUUGGACAUGGCAGCUUUGGAGCUGUCUACUUCGCGCGGGACGUGAGGAAUGGGGAAGUUGUUGCCAUCAAGAAGAUGUCAUACGGUGGGAAGCAGUCCAAUGAGAGGUGGCAGGACAUCGUGAAGGAGGUGAAGUUCCUGCGACUGCUCCAGCACCCCAACACCAUCGCCUUCCGGGGCUGCUACCUCCGGGAGCACACUGCCUGGCUGGUGAUGGAGUACUGUCUGGGAUCAGUGUCGGACCUGCUGGAGGUGCACCGGAAGCCGCUGCAAGAGAUGGAAAUCGCUGCCAUUAUCCAGGGCGCUCUGUACGGACUGGCCUAUCUGCACUCCCAGAACCUUAUCCACAGAGAUGUAAAGGCAGGGAACGUUCUUCUGACUGAACCAGGACAGGUGAAGCUUGCCGAUUUUGGAUCGGCGUCCAUCAUUGCACCUGCCAACUCCUUUGUAGGAACACCAUACUGGAUGGCCCCGGAGGUGAUCUUGGCCAUGGACGAAGGCCAGUAUGAUGGGAAAGUGGACGUGUGGUCUCUGGGCAUUACCUGCAUUGAAUUGGCGGAGAAGAAGCCCCCACUGUUUAACAUGAAUGCAAUGAGCGCCCUGUACCACAUCGCCCAGAGCCAGGCUCCUCGUCUGCAGUCUGACCACUGGUCAGCUCCGUUCCAGAGCUUCGUGGAUUCCUGCCUGCAGAAGGUCCCUCAGGAUCGCCCCAGCUCAGAACAGCUGCUCAAGCACACCUUCAUAGAGAGGGAGCGCCCCCUCUUUGUGAUUGAGGAGCUGCUACAGAGAACCAAGGCUGCAGUGAGGGAGAUGGAGACUCCCGAGCACCGGCGGCUGAAGAAGCUCCUGUUCCAGGAAGUGCUCGACACGCCUGAAGAGGAAGAGGAGGAGGAGGAAGAUGAGGAGGACGAGGAGCCAGACCCCAGCACGGGACAGUCGGACACGAUGACCAGCAUGGGGGUCAGCCCUGAUGUUGACAGCAGCGUCAGCAAUCUGCCAGAAGGCUGGGACCAGAGCUCGGAUAGGGGACCACGAGUAGACGAGAACACAGCGCACAAUGACAGCGUUGUCACCCAGUGCCGGACAGAGUCGAACACUUCCCAACGGCCAGACGCCCUGGAAAGCUCUUCUCUGCUACAGCCGGAUGAGGUGGUGGGGCAGGAGGGGAGAGCAGGAGUGGGGAGCUCUCUCCAGCUUCACUCAGAUCAUGCAACAGGGCCGAGGCAUCAGGACUUGAUUCCAACCCAGCUGAGCGACCAAGAGGGACCGCACCAACACCUCCUUUCCAUCUGCCAGGGGGUCGCACCUGAGGGAGUGGAGAGGGUCCUAGUGAACUCCAGUCAGGGGCCAAGGGGUGGGGAGACCAAGGAGGGGGUCCCAGGUGGAUUGGUUGAAGGACUGGAGGGAGGAGUAGAUGUCUGGGAGAAGGAGGGUGUCCCAGGGGAGGUGGAUGAGGGUCGAGAGGGAAGGGAUGCUGUUUGGGAGAAGGAGGGUGUCCCAGGAAGGUCAGAAGAGGAGGAAGAGGGAAGGGAGAGGGUCUAUUUGGGGGUGGCACCCUCGGGAAGGUUGGAAGAGAAUGCCCAAGGGAGGAGGGAUGGUUCUCCAGACACCCUGCCCUACUUUGAGCUCCAAUCCUCCCCAUCCCCCUCCACUUCCCCUCCCUCCGCAAACCCUCCCUCCUCAUCCCCUCCCUCUGACCCAUAUGAGGAAGGCCUUGUCCUCCCAGAUCUUGAGGACCCCUCGCUGCUCCCCUCCCCACCCCCCCGGCCCCUCCAACGUCUCUCCCUCCUCCUCCUCGGUCCUCCGCUGGCCCUUCUCUGGGCUGGGCCACCCCUCCUCCUCUUGCUGCCCUCCCUCGCUGCCCUGCUGCUGCUUCUCUCUCCAGCCCUGGACCGACCCGCCUUGGGCUCUCUCUUGGCCAUUGUGGGCUCCUUGCGCCUGCUACUCAGCCUGGGUUCCUGGCUGGGGCCUGGCCUUUUGCUUGGGGUCCUGGGAAGCCUGGGCCUGCUGGGCCUCGGCCUACGGCUUCCCGCUUUCCUGCUGUUGUUCACUUCCUGCGGCCUAGUCUGGGCCUCCUCCUCCUUUGCCCUCACACCACUCCUCUUCAUCCUGCUUGCCCUCCUCCUCCUCACCCUCCAGCUUGUCCCGGGCCUCUUUCCCCAGAAAUAUGGCCUCCUCUUCCGAGGCUUAACCCUCACGCUGCUCUCGGCCUGUUCCUUGGUCUGGGCCUCUUCCUCUUAUUCCUUCACCCUUGCUCUCUUCUGCCUCCUUCUCCUUGCCCUACAGUUUUUCCCAGGUCCUCUACCCCAGAAAUAUUGCCUCCUCCCCCUGGGCUUGCUCACAUCCUCUUCCCUGGCUUGGGCCAUGUCAUCCUCCUCCCUCACCCUCUCCCUUCUCCUCCUCCUUGUCCCUCUCCUCCUCCUCUCCCUCCAGCUCGUCCCUGGCUCCCUCCGGCUGAACUCUCGCCUCCUCCUCCCUGUAGGCCUGUUGCUCUCAGCCUGUACCUUAACCUGGGCCGCUUCUUCCUCCUCACCCUCACUCCUUCUGCUGCCCCUCCUCCUCGCACUCGCCCUCCUCCCUCCGCCACCUCGACCGCCUGUGCCUCGGCAUGGUCUUCGGCUCUGGUUACGCCUGCUGCUGAGACUGCCAGCCCCCGUGUUCCGCGCCGCCCAGCGCUGCGGCCUGGUGCGUGAGAGCAGCCUCUUCAGCCUCUUUCCCAAGGCUGGGAGGGUGCCAGGGGGCAGCCGGCUGCCCCUCCCCUGCCGGAGCCGGGGACAGAAGGAGGGCAUCAGUGGGGUCGCCCAGUUUCCAACUCCUCCAUUGCUUUCCGCUCGCCUCCUUCCCCUUCUCCUUGCCUUGGCCCGCCGGGCCGGUCUAAUGCAGACCCCUCCCACCCCCCGGCCCAGCCGCAUCCCCCGGCUGCUGCCCCGGGGGGAGAGGGGGAGGAAGGGGGUGGGGUGUGGAGGGUGCAGGGGGAGGGGGAGGGGGAGAGGGAAGAGCACUGUACCAAGGGGUGGACAAAGGCGUCCUGCUGUGUGGAUCCCCUGAUGAGAUGUCUCUCUCCACCCCUUGCAACCCCCACACCCCCUGGGAGCCCCGCUCAUAAAGACCUUUACAGAACACUAGUGACUGGGGCAUUCGGGAUUGUGAGGGACAGAGGACGAUGGGUUUGGGAGGGGAUCAGACUCUGUACUCACCCGAUCAUCAGUAAGUUAUUAUUGUUUGUUACUUUUCAUUUGAGGUCAUUUACUCCUCCCCACCUUCUCUCCAGUAUCCCCUCACCUUCCCUUCCCUCUCCCCUCACUUUCCCACUCCCACCUUCCCUCCCC